AUGAAAGUCCUCAUCGGCGCAGGGGCAAACGUCAAUUUCAACGAGUGGACAACGCAGACACCCAUCCUUGAGAUCGUCUGCAACAACAAGCGACAUCCCCUUGGAGGCCCUGCUCGAUAUGUCGAAGGGCUUAAGCUCCUGCUGGACAACGGCGUGGAUAUUCACGCCAGGGCAGGAGACGAGAAUGCAUAUUACACUGUCCUGGGUCGGGCAGUCUUCAACGGCAACUUGGGAAUGGUAAAACUCCUGAUUGAGCAGAGAGCUGACCCUGUCGACCAACGUCCUUUUGGUUGGAGGAUCCCUCAAGUCACUCGUCAACGCGGCGAUUGA